AAAAUAAUUAUGGCUAUGUUGACAAUUGUUUAUUUUAAUUCACUAUUUCGUGACUUGACAAAAGGUGAAACCAAAUCGUUACCAUUGGCUGUCAUUGCGCCUUUUAUUUACAAACAUGUCCUUUUAUUUUAUUUAUACAAAAAUUAUAAUUUAAAGUGACAAUUUAAUUACUGCUUAAAAUAUAUAUCAACAAUAGAGAAGUUGUUUUUAAUUGUUAUAAGACGAUAUUCAACAAAAACAUAUACUAGAAGAUUUUUAUAAAUUUCUUUUUAUUUUUAAAAGCAAACACUUUUGUUUCAAACAAUUUUAUUACGCUGGUAAAAGUGAGGUUAUGUUUAAAAAAAUAUUUUUGGUCUUUUUGGUAUAUAAUUAAUGUGAAAAGAUUUACACAUUGGAAAAUAAAAACGUGAUUAUAUAACUGAACAUUAGUUUUGAAAAAGUAUUUUAAAAAAGAUCUACUGGCGAAUGUAAAUUACUAAAUGAUGCAUUUUACUUUUUGGAUAUAUAAUCUAUAAAAUGCAAAAAAUUUCUCAAAGGAUCUCGAUUUUGAGCCUGAUGUCUAAAGGAAAGGAAUGUAUAUGUGCAAAAUUCUAUAUUCAGUCACGUUUUAAUCACGUUUUUGUUUUCCUCAUCGCGAAUUUUUUUCAUCAGAAUACAUUUUGAUAUGCAGGGUCAAUUUGUUGACCUUAGAGGCGAAGAAACGCAGAUAAAUGAAAAUUAUCCAAUAUUAAAAUCUUUUCUCGCUGGUUCCUUUUCUGGCACAUUUUCAACAAUUUUAUUUCAACCAUUGGAUCUAAUAAAGACUAGACUUCAAAAUAGAGUCAGCAAUAAUGCAGGGCGUUCAAAAUCGGGAAUGGUCAAAACUAUGGUUUCCAUUGUCCAAAAUGAUAAUAUAUUCGGAUUAUGGAAAGGGAUGACUCCUUCUAUAACACGGGUUGUUCCUGGAGUUGGUCUUUAUUUUUCUUCAUUGUACUGGUUAAAACAUGUCAUGGAACUAGAAGAACCAUUGACGUCUCUUCAGGCCAUUAGUUUAGGAAUUACUGCACGCUCCAUGUCAGGAGCAUUAUUAAUUCCAAUAACUGUUGUCAAAACUAGAUUUGAGAGCGGCGUGUAUAAAUACAGCAGUAUCAGUGAAGCGUUAAGAUUAAUAUACAAAUAUGAAGGCGUAAAGGGUCUUUCGAGUGGUCUUGUACCGACUUUACUUAGAGAUGCUCCUUACAGCGGUCUAUAUCUAAUGUUUUAUACUCAACUCAAAAAUACAGUCGCCUUAAAACUUCCUCAUUACAGUCAAGAAACUUUUACACAUUUUUGCUGCGGAGUAUUCGCUGGAAUAUGUGCAUCAGUUGUGACACAUCCCGCUGAUGUUGUCAAGACAAAAAUGCAACUGUAUCCAAAUAAAUUUAAAAAUGCACAUAAUGCUUUUAUUUUCGUCUACCAAAAAUAUGGGCCUUUCGGUUAUUUCAAGGGUAUUGUACCCCGAAUGCUUAGAAGAACUCUUAUGACCGCAAUGGCUUGGACUCUUUACGAAAAAGUGAGUUUAAAAGUUAAGAAUAAUAUUUACAAUAGAAUUUUAUAUUUUUCUUCUUAAAAAUUUCCUUUUAAUUUAAAAGAUCUAAAAAAAAAUAUGACAAAUUUCUUUCUUUUUCCAGAUAACUGCAAGCCUUGGUUUUAAAUAAAUUUCAUUUGUAUGAUA